AUGGUUUAUGAAACAGACAGCGAUGUUCCAGCUACAUUCCCAGUGAUUGAUAUCAGCCUUCUGUCCUCAGAAGAUGAACUUCAGAAGCUCAGUUCAAUUCUCAGCUCUUGUGGAUGCUUCCAGGCUAUUGGUCACGGAAUACCGGUUGAAUUUCUUGACAAAGUGCGCGAAGUUGCUCAACAGUUCUUUGCGUUGCCAGAUGAAGAGAAACAGAAAUGUUUAAGAGCUCCGAACGAGGCUGAAGGGUAUGGAGAUGACUUGGUAGUAUCUGAUGACCAACUUAAGGACUGUUGCAAACGCUUGAUACUUGGAGUAUUUCCUGAACAUCAAAGGAGGAUGAAUCUUUGGCCUGAACAACCUACCGAUUUUGGUGAAACCUUGCAUGAGUAUGCUCUCAAGAUAAGAUCGGUGAUCAAUGGCCUUUCUAAGGCGAUGGCCAGGUCGCUCAAAUUGGAAGAGAACAGCUUUUUGAAUCAGUUUGGAGACUGCCCAGCAAUGGGAGCAAGGCUCAACUUCUACCCGCCGUGUCCCAGGCCAGAAGUUUUUGGCGCCAAAGCUCAUUUAGACAGAUCGGGAGUCGCAGUUCUUUUGCAGGACAAAGAAGUGGAAGGCCUCCAAGUCCUCGUGGAUGGAACAUGGCACAUGGUUCCUGUUAUCCCUCACGCUCUCGUCGUCAAUCUGGGUGGUCUGAUGCAGGUAAUGACAAAUGGGAUGUUCAAGAGCCCCUUGCACCGAGUAUUGUCAAACGCGACCAAGUUCAGAAUGUCGGUCACUGUGUUUGAUGAGCCUGAGGAAGAGAGAGAGAUCGGGCCGGUCGAUCACUUAGUCAACCACACGAGGCCGAGGUUAUAUAGAAGUAUCAGGAACUUUGCUGCUUUCAACUACGAGUGCUUCCAGAAAGGAAAGAAUUCGCUCGAGGAACUGAGAAUUCCACUCAUUCCAGAAUUUGCUGGAUAGGAUGCAUGUUGGCGUCCAUGGCAUGAAACUCAGUGAUAGUUUUGUUGUAACCUAAAUAAGUGGACAAUGCGGACACAAGAUGCUCAGUAUUAUUGCGGUUUCCUAAGUAGAUUGGAAUCAAUAAUGCCGCAGAAUAAUUGUUUCAGAA